UCUACUCUGGAACAUGGCGGCGCGUUCGUUGUGGGCGGUGCAGCGGCUGCAGCGCCUCCUGGCCUCGGGGGCUGUGUCAGAGAGCAGGGGAUGGCUACACCCAUUCAGCACUGCCACCCAAAGAACUGCUGGGGAAGACUGCAGUUCUGAGGACCCUCCUGAUGGACUGGGACCCUCCCUUGCUGAGCAGGCCUUAAGGCUCAAAGCUGUUAAACUGGAAAAGGAAGUCCAGGAUUUAACACUGAGAUACCAGAGAGCUGUCGCUGAUUGUGAAAACAUAAGGAGAAGAACCCAGAGAUGUGUGGAAGACGCGAAGAUAUUUGGGAUCCAGAGCUUCUGCAAGGACCUGGUGGAGGUGGCAGACAUUUUGGAGAAGACUGCCAAGUGCUGUGCAGAAGGAGCUGAACCUGAGGACCACAAGCUCACUCUGGAAAAAGUCUUCCAAGGGCUGUCCCUGCUAGAAGCCAAACUGAAAAGCGUGUUUACCAAGCAUGGCCUAGAGAAAAUGACACCCAUCGGUGACAAAUACGACCCUCAUGAGCAUGAACUCAUCUGUCACAUGCCAGCAGGUGUUGGGGUGCAGCCUGGCACCGUGGCAUUAGUUCGGCAGGAUGGUUACAAACUUCAUGGCCGCACCAUUAGACUUGCGCAAGUGGAAGUGGCAGUAGAGUCUCAGAGAAGACUCUGAACAGGUCACUGGAACCAAACCUCCUCCCAGAGCCAGGCACCUAUGUCUCCUUUAUUUAUUAAGCUGGUUUGUAUUAUACACGAGGUCCUUCGUGUGCUCCGUUUCGGAUUUAGUCACAUUGGCUGUAUCUCUACAGUGUCUUAUUGGGUUUAUGUGACCUGUUUGGUCUCAUCGGGAGUCCUGCCACUAGGCAUUUGAACAAUAUGACAAGUGUCAUGUGGCCUUUAUCAAAAUGUUUACAAAAAUCAUUUAAAUUGGUACUCUGAUGAUUGAAUCCAAAAUCUUCUUACCUGUGUUUUCAUCUAACUGCUGGAAUUAGUGCAGCACCUUGUAUCUUGUAUUUUGGGGAGAGGGAAAAGGUAGGGAUUGGUUUGACGUUUAGGUACGUAGAUGACGAUGCCUUACCCUUGCAUAUGUUUAAGUCAUGUGGGCUGGCGUGUAGAGAGAUUUCCUAAGACUCCUUUUUUUAUUUCACUUUUUCCAGUCAUAUCUCAUGCUUGUAGUCCUUGCUAGGGUCACACUCACACCCCUUUUUGGUCCCUUUUGGAAGGGCUAAAGGGUCAGGCCAGCCAGUCUUCCUUUCUUGUUGGUAAGGUGAAUAUAUUUAUUACUAAACUGGUCUCAAGUUUAAGAACAGGCAAGCCCUGGUUGCCUUGACAAUACAACUCAAUCCCAGAGAGACUAAAAGCCUCCAUACAUCUCAAGUUGGAGAAAUAGACUUUGGGGACUUGGUAUGAUGGCUGUCAAUUCAAAAAUAAAAACAAAAUAUUAAGGUGGAUAAUAUUUUUUACAGUUUAUAAUUUACACAAAAGUAAUUGCCUCCCUUGCAUGGACUCAGAAUGAACCAGGCUAUCCUCCUUUCUGGGUUGGAGAGGAAAAGAGACUUCAUAUAGCAGCAGCAACAAAAAUAAAUACAAUCAAAGUCCUCAGGCACAUUGUAAAGCAGUUGCUGUUACCUUCACCAUUCCAGUUUUUAAAUCCCGAGUCAAAAGCAUCAAGAAAAAGAAAUUUUUUGUAUAUUUACUAUUGACAAAAAGACCAAAGUUGUCUCAGUUCUGCAUAUGUUUUGUUAAGAAAAGGUGUGGUAUAGCUCCAUCCCUGUCCACCUAAAAUCAUUUGCAGUGCACAGAGGAAGGGCCAUAUUCCUUGUGUUCUUCCUUGGUGAGCUGUAUGUACCUCCCGGAAGAUGGACAGUAAGCCUAAGGUGCACCUGUCCAUCCACACGUGUACUGGGGGAGCAAGGAUGUUGAUUUUCAUGGUACUGGAAGCCAGGGCAGUGAUCUGCAUCUUGUAGUAACCAGUGCUGAGUUCAUGGGGUUACCACCAGACAGACAGCACUGGGUUGGCACUGAAGUCUUUGCUGACAUCGACAUCCCACUUAGAGAUGGAAUGGAAGGGAAGCUCAUUGUAUUCCACACCCAGAAAGAAAGGUGGAAAAUCCCUGGGGGGCAGAGAUGGAAGGGAAGGGAAGCUCAUCGUAUUCCACACCCAGAAAGAAAGGUGGAAAAUCCCUGGGGGGCAGAGAUGGAAGGGAAGGGAAGCUCAUCGUAUUCCACACCCAGAAAGAAAGGUGGAAAAUCCCUGGGGGGCAGAGAUGGAAGGGAAGGGAAGCUCAUCGUAUUCCACACCCAGAAAGAAAGGUGGAAGAACCCCGGGGGGCAGUAGAGUUGGUUCUCGCCAGUAACAGUGACCUGGCCAUCGGGCAGCUCCUAACUCUUCUCCCGGGAGAAGGAUGCAGCAGCAGGCAUGACUUAUGGGAAGUCCCGGGCAACAUGGCACAGGUUCCCGUCGAUGUUAACAGUUGGCCGUGGUGAGGCUGUAGCUUGCUCAGGAGCUUCAUGAGUAGUCUAGAAGGUCUUGUCCAUCAGGAUCACAUAAGGAAGGAUAUAGUCCCUGUGGAUGAGCAAUGUGGAUGACCCUAUCUCCAGAGUCCACUGGGAUGCAAGUGGUACUAUCAAGACAGCACAGCCUUGGUGGCUAUGUGCAUGGCUGGGUGUUGAUGGUCUUGAGCAUGGUCUGGGUCAUCUGUUCAUGACUGGCCUAGGGUUCAGGGAGCCUCGGAGAGCAGCACCAAGCGUUCCGACAGGACUACACAUGUCACAUAGUAAAGUAUGGUGGUGUGUCUGUCAUCCAAGUUGGUGACAGUUAAAUCCUCCAUGGAUACCUCAGGGUCAGGAUGCUUCUCUUGCUCUAGGCCUUGUUACCCACCCAUGUAGGAAACCUGGCUAAUGCCACCAUCACACCCCAGUGCAUUGAGCUACCCCACCAUGAAGCAGGAGACAGACUUGGAAGCAUGCUCACCUAUGAAGCCAGCUCUGUUAGUGCCAGUGAAACAAUAUCUGCCUCCAUGGCAAUUGGUGACAGGUGGACCUGGCAGCGGAGGAUCUGAGAGAAGCCUGUGCUUGCCAGGUAAAUGUGGAUACCACGGAGCAUCUUCCCUUCUACGUAAGGAGCUAUUUUUACAGCUCCUUGGGUAUGAAGCAAUUUUAGGCAGCGCCAACAACAAACAACCCAAAUAACAUUUGUAUAGCUAAUUACCUACAGUGGCUGGUUCCACCAACCCUGAUUCUUGGCCUUCGUCAGAUUGGCCCUGGGAUCCUAUAUUAGAUGAUAUGGGGAGAAAACAAAAAUUCUGGACUCUUAGAAUUUCUCAUUAAAUAAGGCUGAUGUGUGCCCUUUUUUCCCCGUCAUAGGGGCUGACAAGUUACUACCUCUCACAACAACAAAACUUGUGUUUUUAGAGCAUUGGGGAUUGGAUGCAAGGUCUCAUGAAUGCCAGGUAAGCUCUCUACAACUCCCAGGCCUGGCAAGCUUUGUCUCCUUGUUUCUGUAUCCGCCUUAGGCCUUGUUUGUAUGUGCAUCCACUUAUGUAUUAUCCUUGUAAAUUUUAUGAACCUGUAUAGUUUUUAAGUCUCAAUAACUGAUGAUGUGUAAAAGAUUUGCCCGGUAAAUACCUUACUGCGCGAAUAAUACACAAGGUAAGCUUUAUAAAGGUUUUAGCAUAAGAGGUCUUCUAUAGGAGAAAAUGGGAAUGAGAAAUUGAUGUAAAUAAACUUGCUUAGGAAAACUACUAGGUAGAAUUUAGCAAAAGCAGCAGUCUGAAUCUCUUAGCAUAAUUCUGCCAGGCAGGCAGGACGGCCUAGGUUAAAGGAGCUUUCCCUUUAUUAAUCUCUAAGAGAUGGAGUGACUUCUCCCUGGGAAGGGCCUAUGGAUUCUAUAACAUCACCCAUUCUGCUGCUUCUGGAGCUUAAAAAUGUCUGUUCUAGGACCAGACUCGGAGACAGCCCUUCUACAGACUUUGACUGGACUACAAAUUAAACUGGCACCAACUGGAUCACUAGAAGAACCAAAGUCUGUUGUCCAUAUAAAUAUAAGAAUCCCACAAAAUCUGAGACUGUCAGAAAAUUGGUGCUUAGAUCCCACCCUCAUCUACAGAACAGGGCUUAGGUCUCCUAGAAACUAGAAGAGCAGAGAAAGCUAUAAUGAAUAAAGGUGGUCUUGUAGACAUUGUCUGGGGAGCCCUUUGGUACAUAAAACUGCCAAUUGUAAAUAUACAGGUAUACAGAUUUUCAACUUGUGUAUUAAAAAAAGGAAAAACA